GGCUAACCAGUUAGUCGUACGCAAGUUUGUUCACUGCACACUGCACACCGCCGCCGCAGUUUGAUUAUUUUGAAUUUUGAAACUAACAAAUUGUAAGGCGAAGUGUCGGGAACGCAUUCCGUGGCGUUGCCGCCGGGUCGCUGGACUGCCCAUUGGCAGAUCGCAGAUCGACAACGAUGUCUAACUGCUUAACGGUAAAAGAAAUCGAAACCGAAACAGAAACAAAAAUCGAAAUCAAUAUCAGUAGAAAAUAAAUCUAAUGCAGACAAUAAGUAGAAGAAAACACCCACACACACACAAAAUUAAACAUAAUACGGAAUAAAAACUAAACUUCAGAAAAAUUAUAACAAACCCGCCGACAAAUCGAAAUACAACUGUAACGUAGUGAAAAUGUAAUAUAGAUAAAAGAGUGAAGUAUAUGAGUGAAAUAUGUGUGUGUGUUUAGAAGCACAAAAUUCGACAACGAUAUUAAUGUACCAGGUUCGAAGUCAGUGAAUUAUAUAUUACAUGUGUACAGACACAUACACAUACAUAUACAAAUUCAUAUGUACAUACAUUUAUAUGUUAUAUAUAAAUAGUCAAGUGCGCUCAGUGCUUUCUCCGCAAUCAGUUUUUAUUCAUCAAUAAUGCAUAUGCCAUUCAAUCCCACAUAAAUCGGUGCAACGGAAAUCUUACAAAGCCUUGCAAUCCCUUGCGCUUGGUUACUACAUAAAUUAACUGUAAAUAAUAAUUAUAAUGAUGCUGACUACGGAACAUAUUAUGCACGGACAUCAUCCGCAUUCAUCGGUCGGCGUCGGUGUGGGUCAAAGUGCACUAUUUGGCUGCUCGACAGCUGGUCACAGCGGUAUCAAUCAGCUGGGCGGCGUCUACGUCAAUGGCAGACCCUUGCCCGAUUCCACGCGCCAAAAAAUUGUCGAGCUGGCUCAUUCCGGUGCACGUCCAUGUGAUAUAUCUCGAAUACUCCAAGUAUCCAACGGAUGCGUUAGCAAAAUUUUGGGCAGAUAUUAUGAAACGGGAUCAAUUAAACCUCGAGCUAUAGGCGGGUCAAAGCCCCGAGUAGCCACAACUCCCGUCGUACAAAAGAUUGCAGAUUACAAAAGGGAAUGUCCAAGUAUAUUUGCAUGGGAAAUUCGGGACCGGCUACUCUCGGAGCAAGUAUGCAAUAGUGAUAAUAUUCCAAGCGUUUCAUCUAUUAAUCGGGUGCUGCGUAAUUUGGCCUCGCAGAAGGAGCAGCAGGCGCAGCAACAGAACGAAUCUGUCUAUGAAAAGCUAAGAAUGUUCAAUGGACAAUCGGGUGGCUGGGCAUGGUAUCCGGGAAAUACAACGACGGCGCAUUUAACAUUGCCACCAACGCCUACAGCAGUACCAACGAAUCUCUCAGGUCAGAUAACCAGAGAUGAGAUUCAAAAGCGAGAGCUAUAUCCAGGCGAUCUGUCCCACCCGAACUCACAUGAGAGCACAUCGGACGGCAACUCCGAUCACAAUUCAUCCGGCGAUGAGGAUUCCCAAAUGCGCCUGCGACUGAAGCGCAAAUUGCAGCGCAAUCGAACUUCCUUCACCAACGAACAAAUCGACAGCUUGGAGAAAGAAUUUGAACGGACGCAUUAUCCGGAUGUAUUCGCGCGGGAGAGGCUUGCGGAAAAAAUUGGUUUGCCAGAGGCACGUAUUCAGGUUUGGUUCUCGAAUCGGCGCGCCAAGUGGCGACGUGAAGAGAAGCUGCGCACCCAAAGGCGCUCGGUGGAUAAUGUGGGUGGCGGAGCUGUUAACAGCAGUCGCGCAAGCUCCAAUAACCUCACCACUGGCAGCUCGGCGCCUCCCAAUGGCGCUGCGGCAAGCAGUUCGACGCCCAGCCUUGGCAGCUCGGCCGUAUCGGACGCAGCAACAGUGGCCGCUGCACAUGCAACAGGCAACAGCAGCAACAACAACAACAACAACAACAACAAUAACAACAACAGCAGCAGUCUAGCCGAAGCUUCCAGUGGGCCAACAAUUCACGGCGGCGAGGCCAGCAGCAAUGCCCAUAACAACUCCGACAGCCCACCUUUACAAGCUGUAGCACCUCGUCUACCCUUAAACACCGGUUUCAACACAAUGUACUCAUCCAUCCCGCAACCGAUCGCAACUAUGGCUGAGAACUACAACUCGAUGACAUCGUCGUUAGGUUCGAUGACGCCCACAUGUUUGCAGCAAAGGGACAGCUACCCAUAUAUGUUUCACGAUCCACUAUCCCUGGGAUCUCCCUACGCGGCCCAUCCUCGGAACACCGCCUGUAAUCCAGCGGCCGCCCAUCAGCAGCCGCCACAGCAUGGAGUUUAUGGCAACGGCUCGGCUGUUGGCUCAACCAAUACAGGUGUAAUAUCCGCUGGCGUUUCGGUUCCUGUACAAAUAUCGACGCAGAAUGUCUCCGACUUGGCAGGCGGUACUUACUGGCCGCGGCUUCAGUGAUCUUCAAUAUUUAAUUUGCCGAACGAACUGCUGUCGAAGGCCGCAGCAGCGGCCGCUGUCGCCGUCGCACACGCUGUCGAGGAAACAGUUGGUAAUGCCAACAGCAACGGCAGCAAAUCGUCAAUGGAUAACCCACCAAUGCUAUUGCCACAAAUAGUACCAACAUCAUCACCA